CUCUCUAGCCUCUCUCUCUCUCUCUCCCAUCUCUCUCUCUCUUUCUCUCUGCCAUCUCUCUCCAGCCUCUCUCUCUCUCUGCCAUCUCUCUCUCUCUCUCUCUCUCUCUCUCUCUGCCACUGUCACUACCGGCGCUCCGCCAGAGUCCAAGCCCGAGCCGUCGCCGGGGAGGCCUCUACCGCCGCCGCCGCUCUCAGAGUCGUCCACUAGGCCGUUCUCGCCGCUGCUGGAGGAGCCCCCGGGGCCGCCGCGCUGGGCGGAGAGGAGACGCUGAGGCCGGGGCGCUCCUGCCGCUGGGGCCGCCCACAAGCCCCAAGGCCCCGCCGCAGAGGGAGGAGGACGCGGCGGCGGCAGAGGCCUCCGCGGGCCGGGCGACGAGUAAAGGCGGCCCCGCCACCGCCAGGCCCGCCCUGAGCGCCACGGCCGCCGCCUUUUGCCAGAGACUCCGGUAGAAAACCGGAUUACAGAGUCCUGUGAGGAUGCCCCUAGGAGAGUACGCUUUCGUGCAGGCCGUGGGGAAGGGCAGUUACGGGGAAGUGAGCCUAGUGCGGCACCGGCAUGACAACAAACAGUAUGUUAUCAAAAGACUGAACCUUAAACAUGCAUCGAGCCGCGAGAGGAAAUCAGCAGAACAAGAGGCCCAGCUGCUGUCUCAGCUAAAGCAUCCUAAUAUAGUCACCUACAGGGAAUCCUGGGAAGGGGAAGAUGGCCUCCUAUAUAUUGUCAUGGGCUUCUGUGAAGGAGGGGACCUAUAUCAUAAGCUGAAAGAGCAGAAAGGAAAACUUUUGCCAGAGAGUCAGGUGGUGGAAUGGUUUGUGCAGAUUGCUAUGGCAUUGCAGUAUUUGCAUGAAAAGCACAUUCUGCAUAGAGAUCUCAAGACUCAGAAUGUAUUCCUGACACGUUCAAAUAUCAUCAAAGUGGGAGAUCUGGGAAUAGCUAGAGUGUUGGAAAAUCAGUAUGACAUGGCUAGUACUCUCAUUGGCACACCUUACUACAUGAGCCCUGAGUUAUUCUCUAACAAGCUUUACAAUUAUAAGUCUGAUGUUUGGGCUUUGGGCUGUUGUGCCUAUGAAAUGGCCACAUUGAAGCAUGCUUUCAAUGCUAAAGAUAUGAAUUCCUUGGUGUAUCGAAUUAUUGAAGGAAAGCUGCCACCAAUGCCAAAAGAUUACAGCAUUCAGUUGAAAGAGCUAAUAAGAACUAUGCUUAGUAAAAAGCCAGAGGAGAGACCCAGUGUGAGAAGCAUCCUAAGGCAACCCUAUAUCAAGCACCAAAUCUCUCUGUUUUUGGAAGCUACAAAGGCCAAAACAUCCAAAAAUCAUAAGAAAAUGUCUGAACUCAAACCUCAGAGUUCCUUGGGGCAUGCUGAAUUGAAAAAUGGAAAUAUAAAACCUCGGAAGUUUCUUAAUGAACAUUCAAGGAAACCUAAAGGGAAUGAAGAGAAAUGUUUUAUCAAAAAUAAAACCUUUGAAGUUUCUUCCUCAGACAAACUGGCACCUGAGCCUGAAAAAAGUGCAAAUGUGAAUUGCUUGAACAGUACAGAUGUGUCAAUGGCAACAGUGAGCAAAGUGGACAUAGUUAUUGUUCCAUUGGAAAAGAGGAACUCUGAAAGUGAGGAUUCACUUGGGGGAAAGUCUGUAGAGGAUAAAAAAUCCAGCAAUUUGAAUAUUCCCUAUGGAGCAGAGCCUGAAAUAGGGACAAAUGAUGCGCCAUGUAAGAAAGAAAGGUUGCAGAACAUUGCAGAGCCAUGUCUGAAAACUGAAAAUGUAGAUAUUGAGAAGUCUGUUGUUGAUGCCACAGAUGAUGGUGACGACACCAUGAAACUUCUGCAGCCUGUUUCUGAGACCUCAGACACAAGUGAUAAAAGUCUGGAUUCUACUGCGAAACUUCUAGCACCUUUUAUUCCUGUAGAAAUUCUGCCCCAGGGAUCUGUCCGUGAACCUUCCCUAUCACGACUGCAACGGCAGAAGAAAAAAGAGCAAUUUGAGGUCUGUGCAGAGAAGGAUGCAGCACUUGUUCCUCGGCCGUUGCCUGCUCCUCCUGAUGCAAAUGCAAAGACAAGAGGAGACAACACAAGCAAGCAGAACGUUGCACUUGCAAGGACUAUAAACAGAUCUCACAGCAUUGAAGUGGCAGUUUCUAAGGAACGGCCAUUGUCAGCACGGGAGAGGAGGAGACUAAAGCAAUCCCAGGAAGACAUGCUUCCUUCUGGGCCUCCUUCAAGACGAGCUUCUCACAGUGCAGCGACAGAAACAAAAUUUCCAGAAGAUAGUUAUGUACAGAUUGCUCAAUUUUCGACAGAGCCUGGUAUUUGCAAGGAAAAGAGCUUAAUUGGUUGCUCUACCGAAGACGAGCUAAGCUCUUCCGCCAGCUCCACCGAGAGAUCAGAUGGAGACUGUAAAGAAGGAAAAACGAAUGAGAUGAAUGACUUGGUACAGCUGAUGACACAAACACUAAAAAUGGAUAAUAAAGAAAAUUGUUCACAGUCUGCAAUACCAUCUCCCAAAUCACAGUUCAGGCUUAAUCGGAAAUACAAAGACACCCUUAUCUUACAUGGAAAAGCAUCAGAAGAACCAGAUGAACUGCAGUUGCAGGAGUUUCCUUCAGAUGUUCUGUCGGGUCCUGAAAAGAUUAGGAGAUUGGUGGAGAUUUUAAGGGCAGAUGUGGUUCAAGGACUUGGAGUGAAGCUUCUAGAGAAGGUGUAUGAUGUUAUGGAGGAAGAUGAUGAACAGAAAAGAGAACUGUAUUUACGGGAACUCAUGGGAGAAAAGUACACAUCUUACAGUAUAAAGGCCCGUCAUUUAAAAUUCUUGGAAGAUAAUGUGAAGCUUUGAUAGAAACCUCAAUUGAUCCACUUCUUCCUGAAGAAAAGAGCAAGACUUUAUUCACCAUUUUUUACCCCAGCGGAUUUUUAUUAUCCUGUACACAACUGACCUGAGGGGUACAAUUUUUACUUUACUGAUUUGUUAUCAGUUGUAGAGCCUUUUUACCUUUAUAAAUAGCAACAUAUGGUUGUUUAAGGCAAGUCUGAGUAACACGUUUAGGGAUUUUUUAAAUACAGGUAGUACUUAGCUAAAUAUUUCCAGGUGUUUACAUCUUAAAUUAUUUCCGUAAAUCUCAAA